AUGCUUACAUAGGAAGGUAGUCAUUUCAAGCACAUCUGCCUUCUUAAAGCAAUCGGUCUGCCAAUUAGACUGAUAGAACAACUCCAGCUGUCCACUUUGGCAGCUUAACCUGUGCUAACUACUGAAAUGAAGCUAGUUGAUAAUUGCGUGCGAGCGCAAAAAUACAUAAUUUUUUUUAUUUCUUAAUAUUUCUCACACUGCACAAUAUUCCAAAAAUAAACAAAAAAAUUUUGGUCACAGACAAAACCGUCCGCCACGCAAUGUUUUGUGGUUCAAGCUUCAGAUUAGGCUUUUAUUUUGAAAACGCCCCCUACCCUGAGAUCAUUUCCGCUGUGCUUCCUGGAGUUUUUGUGGCGUUCAUAGGAUGUCUAAACUGGAACGUUUGAAUGCCCGUGUGGCCAGGCUGCUGACUGAGGCUGUGCAGGAGGUUCUGGAGGUGGUGAAAGAGACGGUGUCAGAGUACCAACAAAGAACCUCCAGAACACAGAGAGAAAACGAAAGUCUGAAAAGAAAAUUGCACGAGCUUCAGGUCAGAUUAACCAAAAAAAACACAGCUGUUCUACCUACAACUAAGCCAUUACUUGAAAAAAGAGAUCAUGUGGAGGAUCAAAAUGAGGAUUUGAGCCUAUUUCAAAAGCAUAAUCCAGAUAAAACGACCACAGAGCCACUAAUAAACGGCACCGAACACAAUCUUGGUGUAAAGCGGGAAUCCAAAGAACCAGAGCAACGAAUCGAUCUCGAAUUAGCAGCUCAGCAUUGUAAAGCACGACCAGAGGAAAUAAUUCAAACAAGUGAGGAAGUUCACACGUUGCACUGUGCAACCAGGGAACCCGAAGCUGCACCAUCAAAUAAUGUGUGCAACUCCUACACCAGCGGGAUUCACCUUCCUGCCAUAAAAACAGAAACCGAGCAAGCUCUCUUCACAACACCAGAACAACAGCUGCAAACUGGAUGUGUAGACUUAAGCUGCAGCUCUUCUCAUUGCGCCUCUACUAAGAACCAUGCACCAAAAGUUGGCACAGAACGAUAUGAACUCGUCUGUGUCAAUUCAAAUCCCACCCCACAUCGGAGGACAGCAAGUGCAAACACCAACAGGGCCGCAGUCAGUGGAAGACAAAUCCGUUUGGAGCAUCUUGGGAGAAGCGACCUCCACCUGUGCGUCGUGUGCGGGAAGACGUUCAGCAGGGUCGCCAACUUGAGGAUCCACCAGCGUUGUCACACGGGAGAAAAGCCUUACGGCUGUGUACAGUGCGGGAGGCGCUUCAGUCAGGCGGGAGACCUGAAGAAACACAAGAGGGUCCACACAGGGGAGAAACCGUACUACUGCAGCCAGUGUGGAAAGAGCUUUAGCCGAGGGGAGAAUCUGAAGAGACACCAAAGGAUCCACAUUGGAGAGACUCUGCAGCUACAGCGAGCAUUGAGGGAGCUGCAAUAGGGAGAUUGCUGAAAAGUCAAUGAACCCAGCACAGUUCUUCAAUCUGUGGAAGCAAUGUAUUUGGUCAAGACUUCUUAGUGUCCGACUAUUUUGCUACUCAUUCUAUUAAAAAUACUCUUCUUUUUUGCACAUAGAGGCCUCAGUUAUGAUGAUGCUCUGUGUAGGAAUUUCUGCAUGUGUGAGUUUUAGUGAACCCAAACACAAAUGGCUGAGUUAAUGAUUUUCAACCAGUUAGGUCUGUAACAGCAGCCUGGUUAUUAUUUCUUACAAGCUUGUUGAAGUAGCCAAUGUGGUUUUGUCACAUAGUUUUACCUGAUUGUUAGUAAUCUGAGAGUAAUAUAUGAAUUUAAUGCACAAAAAGGUAACAUUACAGUUCCUUAAGAGUAAAAAACUAGGUGUCUUGAUUUUAUUUAAAUUAACCAAUAAAGAUAGCUACGAAUAAUUA